GCUGGUUAAGGGGGCAUAUGACCAGUUGGAGAUCUCCACUUGGGGGUCUCCAUUCGCUGCGCGCAAAUUCACCCUGUAUAAUGGCGGUCGAACGAAAAGGUGGCGCUGUUCCGCAAUUUGCCGGCCCCGAUGAGUGUGCAGGUGUAGAAGCGGGUAGUUGGGCCAUCCCUUUUGGAGGAGCAAUUCUGGAGAGUGGCUAAGCGGGGCACAUACGUCAGGAAAAAAAAAAAGAAAUAAAAAUAAGUAGCCUAGCGCUUACCAGAUCGCGUACCAAGUUGGCUUAUCCCUCACCCCGUUUCUUCCCCUGUGCGUAACAUAGGAGCGAAUUAUCCGUCGAGGAGAAAAAACUCUUUCGCAGAAAAAGCCUACUGGAGUGAUCACAAAAUUGUUAUGAACAAUUCAGGUGAAAUUUCCGCCAUCGUCAGGCCAGCCAGCUAAGGAGCCACCUGCUACGCAGGGCGUGCAUGUUGAAUGGAAACACUUUUUUACAAACCAAAAGAUACGUAUGGGUGCUAGCGAACGAGUUGAGGAGUGGGCACAUAUUCCUCCACAAUGACAAGUACUGCGAGGUGACUGAACAGAGGCAGGUCAAGCAGGGCCGACUGGCCACGACGAACAUGAUCUCCUUCAUCGACCUGAGCACGCUAAAGAGCUCCUCAGCCAAAUUCGCGUGCCAAGCGAAGGUGGAAAAAAUCGAACCCGUCAAAGCAAACGUGCAGGUACAGUACACAGACAAGCAAAAAAAUAUAGUCGUCUGUUUGGAUGAAAAUUAUCAAGAUAUAGAAAUCCCUAUGAACCUUUUUGGCAUUUCGGAGGAGCACCUGGAGCCCGGUUUGCAAAUCACGGUGUUCAAGCACGACGACAAAAUUGUGAAGGUUAAUUUGCCUUCAUCGCUGCUGGCGACACUGCGAAAGAAAUGAAAGUUU